CGAGCAGGCUGCUAUUGGUCCCCAUGUGCAAAAUCCCCAUUCCAUAGUGGAGGAUCAUCUAAGUAGUAUUUCAGCAUGUGUACUAAAGGCAAUAUGAAUAUACGCUUCUAAAUCAACAUCAUUUUUUAAGAACUUCGGAGACGAUCACGAAUAUCUUCAAUAUCCCCCGCUAGCGAUUAAUAUUGCAACACAAGAAAACUUCAGUACUGCUAGUGGUCCCUUCACCUUCUUUACCCCUGGAGUGGGUGCAUUCAACCUUAUCAGAUAAGACUAGAUAAUUAUACUAGAUACUAUACAUCAAAUACUAGAUAGAUAAUAUCUAAUAAAGAUGAUGCAGAUGCAAAGGCCAGAUAAAAUGGCAUCGGUUCAUUUCGUUUCUUUGGUUAUUGUCGUCGCCUACCUUUGUUCUGGUCCUGGGGUGCAUGCAGUGCGUUUACGCGGGGCACCGACUUCGCGAACCUCUGCAAAACCAGGAACAUCUCAAGAAGUAGGUGACCACACCUCAUCGAAGUCGGGAGGAAAACCAGGAACAAAUCAACAAGUAGGUGACCACACCUCAUCGAAGUCGGGAGGAAAAGCCACAAAGUCGUCCAGGCGUAACAGAACAAAAAGUCACCCUUCUAGCACCUCCAGUACUACAGUAAUCCCUGCUGGUGGAGCGGCAGGAGACUCUCCUUCUAUCACGACAGGAGCUAACGGCGGCCUCGAUAAAGAUGCUUGCAUGUUGACAGAUGCGGAUGCAGUCGACCUCCCACGCGGCUGCUCUUCCUCUUCUACCUAUAUUAGUACACCGGAUGAUGUUGAGCUAGAACACCCUGCACCAGUAGCAGCUGCUGGUCUUGUUCACGCUAUCAUCCCUGAUGACGACCCUGUCCCUGGGGAGCCUCCCUCUUCUGCCUCUUCUCACUCUAUUCUUGAAACAUCACAAGCUCAAGCCUCCUGUAGAAGCACAUCGCCACAUCAUGGCUUGGCGUCUCCAACUAGGAACGCGACGUCCUGCUCUCCGUCAUCUUCAGGUAGUGUCCAAUCCGCCUUUUGUGGUUCGGCAGCUUGCGACGUCGUAGAAGUCGAUCAGGAGCUUGCAAGGCUAGACUUGAACCGGGAAGAUGACCCCGAAGACAAAGGAACUCUACGAGAGGACUUAGUGGUCCCAGAAAGAACCGCGACGAUGAAGUCGUCUUCUAUAUCCUCGUGUAGUACUGCUACAAGUUCUAGCUCGAGCGGAAGAACAAGUAACAGCAGUUCGAGUAGCGAAAUAGUACCCAGAACUUCUGAAGACAAUAUUGGCGAGUCUCAAGAACCUAGUAGCUCUAGCUCUUCUUCCUCUUUAGUACCUGCUGCUUCAAGUUCUAGUACUGGUGAUCGUCGCAGGAGUGCCCAUCGGCAAAUAAAGAAAGGAUCCGCGACGUUGAUGACUACUGCAGAACAAUCUCAGUCACUUUCACUACCCAUCGCUACUAAGACGAGUCGAAACCCUAGGAAGUUGCCCAAGUCCUGCAUCCGCGCAAAGCUAAGCCCUAAGCCUAAGGAGCCUCGUGACGGCGAAGGUUCUAGAACUAGACGCGUCAGUUUUGAAGCAGAUCACCUAGAGGAAGAAAGUCCACAUUAUGGUGAUUUCAAAGGACUGGAAGACUGAAACUUUUGUAAGUAAAAUUUCUUGCUUUGGUUCAUGAUGCUCGUUAUCUUGCUUUAUUGAUUCAUGCUCGUUAUCUUGUCGCACUGUUUCUUUUCUACGACUCGAAGCUCAUUAUCUUGACCUAGUCGUCCAUACUUGAUAGAAGUUCCCAUCAGAAAUGUCUCCUCCCCUCUAAUUCCAGUAUUGCGUUAUCUCUGGUCCUAGUUGGGCAGCUUAUGAAGCUACCAGAUUAGAGAACCGGUACAAGAAGGCCAUGGACCGCCUCCGGCGCGUAGAGCUCGAACGAGAAACACGUCGAUCCGUCAGCUUCAACACAGUACCACCACUUAGUACUGGAAGUGGAAGUGGAAGUGGUCCUGCAUCUGCCACAACUCCACCUCCAGCUAUAGUACGCUAUGACCUGACCACGAAGACUAAACAAGUUCUUCAAGAACCUUCGUCCGACUCCGACGUUGUGGAUGACGCCUUUGACGAUCAACAGCAACAGCAACAACAGAACCGUGGCACCUCUCCUGAUGAAUCCGAUAGUGAUCAAAUUGGGAAGGACUUCUCGCACUUAAGGGAUUCCAGGUUACACCCUUGUCCGCUAACAUCCUUCUUGCUUCACCACAAUUCAAGUAGUGGGCAAGUCAAUAGAUACAUAGGUCAAUUAACAGUAUGUUCUGCUGAAGCAGGUGCCUGUGAGGCUCGCUGUGAAGGAUUCACAACCUAACCUAACCUACUAUAUGAUGCUGCGACCUUUAACAUAUGUUCUUGCUUGACCACAAUUCACGUAGCUAGUGGUCACAACUGAACCUCUAGGCAGCUACUCGUAGCUGCUACGUGGUUCGAAUGAAGGAAUUCUGCAACCUUUAACAGCUGUCGAGCUCGCGGUAGGAAAAAGGUCGAUGAAGGGCAAAGAACUGCAACUUCGCGUCAACAAGGCACUCUGGAAACUCGAGAAGAUCGAUAAGGAUGUAGAAACUCUGAUCGGGAUCCUGUACGGAAAUCUUAUGACAACAUUACAUAACUAACUCUAACAUGAUCUACUCGUACUCCAGGGAAAUUUUCUGUUGAAUAUCGUGGUCUCGUUCAAAAAAAUAUCUACCUGAUUUUGUAGGAGGUAUGCAAAAAAAUUGUUUCUGCUUCUGCUCAAGCUAUUUGACGAUUAGUUCAGAUCGUACAACUCAGUGCGACAAGGAAAAAACAAGAUUUUUGUAAAUUGUAUUCAGGCAAUAAUUCUACUUCCUGAUGAAGGAACAGAACCUCCAAAAGGUUAAAAUUAUGAUAGUGAGAAGAAACUGACGAGACUCCUAUUACUCUAGGAAUAGGUCCUCCUGACUCGUCCUGAUCGCUUUCAUAUUCUCAGCGUUUGAAGAGCAAAUGCAUAAGUAUCCGCAGGCCCGCUAUGCCCGGAACCUGAAAUUAUCACCGACAGCGGUACUUGUAAAUAUUUUUCUUUUUGAUGUUCAGUCUCCAUUCACACUCCUCGCCGCCUAGAAGAUUGAUGCACAGGUCGAAGACAAAAAAGUCGUUCUCCAGUUCUCCCGUUCUUGUCCUACAAUUGAUAUUAAAGAUGCUAUGUCCUUAUACGAAGAUUUCGAAAAUGAUCUCAACUACAGGCAGAGGACAAACAAGUCGUUCUCCACAGAUUGGAGCAGUUGAGGCUUCAAGCCGCUAGUCAGAUCGACCAGCGAUGUUCUGUCGGAAAGGUGAUGCUGAAAGAAGGAGGAAAGAGUCUGCGCAAUUUAGCAUGCAAUUUCGCCAACUUGUUCUUGCCUAUCUAGUAACCUGGUUAUUUGCCAACUUGGUCUUACUGUAACCACAUAAAAAGUUAUAAGACCUCUGGAGGUCAUAUUAAAAAGUCAAGAUGACUGGAGGUGCAAAUUAGUCAAGACACAUCACACUUCUUCAGGUGCAAAUAAUAAACUCAGAAUAAAAACAAUGGUAACUACCCAACACGAGGAGCAGAGGUCGUACUAUCCAUUAAUACUGCUCCAAUGUAAUUCUAUAAUUGUAGACUGUUGACUACAGUUUCUAAUAUUACUUAACGUGCAUUGAUCCUACUUUGGAAUAUCUGAAAGAAGACGAAGAAGAAUAAAGAGGUAUAGAAGAAGUUCGUACAGUAGUUAUGAUUUGUUGUUUUGAUGUUUUGUCUAUUUCUGUUGUCGGCACUUCUCUUUCUUACAGAUAUUUUCCUGUGGCUCGGGUCCCCGUGACUAUCGUACGCCACCUAAAGUUUGCGAUAUUUACAACCCGAAUACACAUACUUGCAUCUUCUAAAGAAAAUCAUUCUUUGUAGAAGAGUUUCUAAAGAUCAUUAUAGUGGACAGAUGAAGUUCAACCUCUUUUUGCAGGUGAAAUGAUCAUGAUAUGUGAAAGUGAAAAGCUCAAGCAGCUCUUCUCCAAAGAUGAUAGUUUGUUUUUCGACGUGGAAAGUUGUCAGCUCGUUUUUUGGCGCCUGCAUUCUAUCCUAUACUUAGAAAGAGAUCGCUUGAAGAUUUCUAAAGUACUAGAUGAGGAGCCAAUACAUACUACACAGGUCCUGUGUCACAGGAGCCGAUACAUACUCGCAUCAAUACUGCCUGAGAGCAGGAGUCACUGAAACUCUACUGUAGAGUGGCUAAUAUUGGAAUAGCUUGUGAUCAAGAGCUGUGCUGAUUUCUAAAUUACAACACGAAGCAAACUGAGAAUCAGGUGGUAAAGCUAAUUAAAACACAAUGACCCUUUUCUAGAGUUGCCGUUGCUUAUGGAAUAGAGCUAGAGGUGGACUUGGUCAAGCUUGCGACAUUGCUAAGCUAUCACGUUCAGACACAUUUAAAUUGUGUUCGUGCAGUCUAUGUAUUUUAUUCGAAAAAAAUGAGCGGCUUUAUUUUACUUGUAGGUGUAGGUGUAUUCAAAAUAAUGUUGGUAAUCAUGAAAAGCAGGCGGGUGGAUUACUUUUUCCUUAUGAGUUCUUUUUCCUCGAUGAUAAACGACUCUCUUCCUGAAUUUGCUAUGACAACGUGGCUUCUGAAGGAGAUUACGCCAUAAAAUCGUGGACGUGGUCUGAAAAACACUUAGCCUGACGCUUCAAACACUGAGUUCAACACUCAAAUUGCAUCUAACUCUUGUCUGCACUAUCAAUGUUUGCAUCAACACAUAUAACAUCGAUCUGGCUUUCGCCUCUGCUUUUUAAGCAAAAUAAUGUCCUUCGAGAUAGAUGAGCGGAG